UUCGCCGCGCCUCCCAAAAUCUUCUCUUUUAACCCCCACCAACCCCCCCACCCCCGGUGAUUUGAAUCGGUCUGCGGAAGCGACUCAUCCAAGAUCGAACGCUUCGACGAAUUAGACGGCGAAGGAAUCUUUUUAUUUCGGGUUCUUUUGUGGACGCAUUGGUCGGGGGAUUUCUUGGUGGAGUUGGGUCGGAGAGAUUCUAAGGGGGUCGGUGUCUUCUUUGAUGGGCCAAGAACAACUCUGGUUUGGUGGGAUUUAAUAGCCGCCUGGACAGGUUUGCAGAGUUGGCGAGAGGUCUGUGCAGCCGGGUUGGAGUGGGAUCAUGCGGUGAAACGGGGGAAAUUUUGGCCAGUUAUUCUUUUUUUCUUGGCCCUUUGCAAUUGGAUUAGGGUUUCGGGAGGACUGGGAGAAAGGGGUGGCUUAAGGCACUUUGAACAGGCAGAUGGUAGAUGUAAUUUUCUUCAACAGAAAGCAGCAUGAAUGGUAAGAAAUGAGUAAAGAGACAAGGAAUUUUCUCAUCUUCUAAGGAACACAAUGAAGUGUUUGUGUUCGGAUGAUCAAUUGCGAGUAGAUGAAAUGGUUCAAUCGUCUGGGUCCCUGGCCACCAAGGACUGCUUGCCUGGCCAUUAUUCAUGUCGAAAUGGUAAGGUUGAGCGGAGGGUUGACACUGUAAACAUUGAAGAAGCUGAAUCAUCUCUCCGUGAAGGUCUUUGCUUAAAUGAUGAGGAAGCAAGAGCCUUGCUUGGAAGGAUAGAAUAUCAGAGAGGAAAUGUAGAAGCUGCACUUCAUGUUUUUGAUGGAAUAGAUCUUUCUUCAGUAGCUCCUAAGAUCAAAGCUGCUAUUGCUGAAAGAAUGGAACGCCCCAAGUGUCACUCAAAAUGGGAUGCACGAACAAUGUCCAUACAUGCAAUAAGCUUACUUGUUGAAGCAGUAUAUCUGAAAGCAAGAGCUCUACAAGAUCUUGGAAGGUUUAAAGAAGCUGCUCAAUCAUGCAGCAUUUUUCUGAACUCUAUAGAGUCUGCGUUACAUGAUGGCUUGCCAGGGAACUUUAUUACUGAUAAUAAAUUACAGGAGAUAGUGUGCAAGGCAGUUGAGUUGCUUCCGGAGCUAUGGAAACUGGCUGGAUUUCCUCAUGAAGCCAUCUCAACUUACCGAAGGGCCCUACUUGGACACUGGAAUCUUGAUGAUGUUACCAUGGCAAAGAUACAAAAAGAAUUUGCUAUCUUUCUUCUUUAUGGAGGCUGUGAUGCUAGCCCUCCAAACCUUCACUCUCAAAUGGAUGGUGCAUUUAUACCUAGGAACAACAUGGAAGAGGCAGUUCUUCUGUUAAUAAUUCUUUUGCGGAAAGUUUCUCUUAGGAGAAUUGAGUGGGAUUCAUCUAUCAUCGAUCAUCUGUCUUUUGCACUAUCUAUAUGUGGGCAGCUUAGUUCUCUGGCCGGUCAGGUAGAAGGGUUAUUACCUGGUGUCCUAGGUAUGAAAGAACAAUACUAUACCUUAGCCUUAUGUUACUUAGGAGAAAAUGAUGACCUUACGGCUCUGAAUUUGCUGAGAAAGCUACUGAAUGCUACGGAUCCAGAUUGUGUAAAAGCAUUGAUACUUGCUGCUAAAGUUUGUGGUGAGAAUACUUCUUGUGCAGAGGAAGGUGUUUCCUUUGCACGCAGGGCACUCACCAACUUGCAUGGUUGCUGUGAUCAAAUUGAAAGUGUAACUAAUUGUUUACUUGGUAUCUCACUUUCAGCUCAGGCUAGAUCUUCUUCCUCUGAUUCAGAAAGAGUUUCAAGGCACUCUGAGGCACUUGAGGUGCUUGAAAAAACUGAAAGAACGAUCCAUGGAAAAGACUGUAAAACCAUAUUCAAUCUCAGCUUAGAACAUGCUGAACAAAGAAAGUUGGAUGCAGCACUUCGUUAUGCCAAACAGCUUCUGAAACUAGAAGCUGGCUCAAAUGUAGAUGCGUGGAUCCUUUUGGCACGAAUAUUAACUGCCCAGAAGCGGUUUGUUGAUGCUGAGACCAUUAUCAAUGCUGGUUUGGAGCAAACAGGAAAGUGGGACCAGGGAGAACUACUGCAAACUAAAGCUAAAAUUCAGAUUGCAAAGGGACAAAUGAAGAAUGCUAUUGAGACAUAUACUCAUCUUCUUGCCAUAAUUCAGUUGAGGACUAAGAGUUUUAAUUAUGGACUAAUGUCAUUGAAGGGUGGAAAAAGUGAGAGAAGUUUGGAAAUCCAGACGUGGCAUGAUCUGGCUAAUGUCUACAUAAGCAUGUCACUGUGGAGGGAGGCUGAAAUUUGCCUAUCUAAUUUGAAGGCUAUUUGUCCUUAUUCUGCUUUAAGAUGGCACACUACUGGACAGCUAUAUGAAGCAAAAGGUCUCCUUCAAGAAGCUCUAGGGGCAUAUGCUAAAGCAUUGGAUAUAGAGCCAGCCCAUGUCCCAAGCUUGGUCUCAAGAGCAAUUGUUCUUAGACAUCUUGGUGAUUGGUCAUUGGAUGUCAUUAGGAGCUUAUUGACUGAUGCACUUCGGCUGGACCGGACUAACCAUAUUGCUUGGUUUAAUCUAGGUUUAAUUUAUAAAGCUGAAGGUGCCAGAUCAGCACUUGAGGCUGCGGAGUGUUUUCAGACUGCUGCUUUUCUUAAAGAGACUGCACCGGUUGAACCCUUCAGAUGAGGUUUUUUGGAGUAAUCAACUCUUACAUACCGGCAUAUGAUACGUUGGUAAUGACCGGUACAUACCAGUCCAGCUAUUGACCGGCACCACUGGUCGGACCAAGAUGUCAAACCUUGGAUAAAACAGUAAUAUAUUGGUUGGUCUAUGGACAUUGUUAAUAACAGAAGCUUGGUGCUUAUGAGCUGAAUGUUCCCUUUGUUUUGGCGCAUGAAUUCUGUCAAAUAUGUUGUGGAAAUAUGCAUUAUUACUUGGGAGCAUGCAAGCUUAAAAUUUAUUCCUUAUGAAAUACAUGAAGGCAAGAGGAGAUCAUCUAUAAUUCCUUGGCAAUGCUGCUUUCAGUACUAUGUACACAUUGUCUAGGUUUGAGAAGAGAAGUUGACCAAAAACACAAACCACUUGUCCAAACAUGCAUUUGUAGGGUGUGGUUUAAUGGGGCAACUGGCAAGUGGCAUCAUCCGUCAACUUAAGCUUCGCAAAGGCUCUGGGGGGUGGAAUGGAGAUAUGGUGUUCACUGUAAUCUUAUACUUCUGGUGGUUUUUUAUCAUCUU